CUGAGAGAUCUGCAGUGUUUUUCUCUUGCCCGGAGCUCAACUGGGAUCCCCUCUUCAACUCUUGCAACUCCUGGACGAUCCAGAUGACUCUGCAAUAGCCUCUGUCAACCUGUGAGCUGCAGGUACUAGGAGAUCUGUAGGGACUACACGGGAUAUCCCGGAAGCUGGGAAAUGGAACUGUUGACAUUCAAGGACGUGUCUAUAGAGUUCUCUAUGGAUGAGUGGGCCUGCCUGGACCCUGCUCAGCAGACUUUGUAUCGGGACGUCAUGUUGGAGAACUACGGACACCUGGUCUUUCUAGGUCUUACCCUCUCUAAGCCCGACUUCAUCACCUGUCUGGAGCAAAGCAAAGAACCCUGGAAGGUGAAGACACACCAGACAGUAGUCAAGCCCCCUGCUGUAUCUAACCAUCCUGACCAAGAGCAUUUGCAAGAUUUUGACACAAAUAUUUUAUUCCCAGAGAUACUCCUGAGAAGAUAUCAAAGUUGUGCCCCUGACAAACUAAACUUAAAAAACUCGGCAAGUGUGUCAGAAUGUAUGCAGCAGAAAGUAUGUGACAGUGGCCUUGGCCAAUGUUUAAUGGCUACCCAUACCAAAAUCUUCCAAUGUAGUAAAUGUUUGAAAGUCUUCACACAAUUGUCAAAUCUAAGUAGAAAUAAGAUGAUUCAUACAAAAGGGAAAACAUUUCACUGUAUAAAGUAUGGGAAAGCCUCUAACCCAUGCUCUCAUGUUACUAAACCUAAGAUAAUUUAUGAAGGAGAAAAGCAGUACAAAUGUAGCAAAGUCUUCAAAUCUAACUCAAACGUGUCUAAGCAUAAGAGAAGUCAUACGGAAGAGAAACGCUACAAGUAUGAAAAUGAUGGCAAAUGUUUUAAUCUCAGAUCAAAAUAUUGUAACCAUGAGAGUACUGAUAGUGGAAGAAAACCCUACAACUAUGAAGACUGUGACAAACUUACCAAACAGUACUCAAACCUUUCUGAACAUAUAAGAAUUCAUUCUGGAGAGAAACCCUAUAAAUGUCAAGAAUGUGAUAAAGCCUUUAAGCAUGACUCAUGUCUUACUGUACAUCAAAGAAUUCAUUCUGGAGAGAAACUCUACAAAUGUCAAGAAUGUGCCAAAACCUUUAACCGGUAUUCAUACCUUUGUGAACAACAAAGAAGUCAUUCUGCAGAGAAACCCUACAAAUGUCAACAAUGUGGCAAAGCGUUUAAUAAUAAUUCAGAUGUUACUAAACAUAAAAGAAUUCAUUCUGGCGAGAAACUCUACAAAUGUCAACAAUGUGAUAAAGCCUUUAAGCAUAACUCAAGUCUUACUGUACAUCAAAGGAUUCAUUCUGGAGAGAAACUCUACAAAUGUCAAGAAUGUGCCAAAGCCUUUAUUAGGUACUCAUACCUUUCUGAACAUCAAAGAACUCAUUCUGGAGAGAAACCCUACAAAUGUCAACAAUGUGGCAAAGCAUUUACUUAUAGUUCAUCCCUUACUAAUCAUCAAAGAAUUCAUUCUGGAGAGAAACCCUACAAAUGUCAACAAUGUGGCAAAGCGUUUAAUAAUAAUUCAGAUCUUACUAGGCAUAAAAGAAUUCAUUCUGGAGAGAAACCCUACAAAUGUCAACCAUGUGGAAAAGCCUUUCACCAUUACUCAGGCUUUUCUGAACAUCACAAAAUUCAUUCUGGAGAGAGACCCUAUAAAUGUCAACAAUGUGGCAAAGGGUUUAACGGGUACUCAAACCUUUCUACACAUCAAAGAAUUCAUUCUGGAGAGAAACCCUAUAAAUGUCAACAAUGUGGCAAAGCUUUUAAUUGGUACUCAAACCUUUCUAGACAUCAAAGAAUUCAUUCUGGAGAGAAACCCUACAAAUGUCAACAAUGUGGCAAAGCCUUUAUUUUUAGUUCAUUCCUUACUAAUCAUCAAAGAAGUCACUCUGGAGAGAAACCCUACAAGUGUAAAAAAUGUGGCAAAGCCUUUAAGUGGUACUCAAACCUUUCUACACAUCAAAGAAUUCAUUCUGGAGAGAAGCCAUACAAAUGUCAACAAUGUGGCAAAGCAUUUACUUAUAGUUCAUCCCUUACUAAUCAUCAAAGAAUUCAUUCUGGAGAGAAACCCUACAAAUGUCAACAAUGUGGCAAAGCGUUUAAUAAUAAUUCAGACCUUACUAAACAUAAAAGAAUUCAUUCUGGAGAGAAACCCUACAAAUGUCAACCAUGUGGAAAAGCCUUUCACCAAUACUCAGGCCUUUCUGAACAUCAAAAAAUUCAUUCUGGAGAGAAACCCUACAAGUGUCAACAAUGUGGCAAAGCAUUUAAUAAUAAUUCAGACCUUACUAGACAUCAAAGAAUUCAUUCUGGAGAGAAACCCUACAAAUGUCAACAAUGUGGCAAAUCUUUUAAACAGUACUCAAACCUUUCUACACAUCAAAGAAUUCAUUCUGGAGAGAAACCCUACAAAUGUCAACAAUGUGACAAAGCCUUUAUUUUUAGUUCAUUCCUUACUAUUCAUCAAAGAAGUCACUCUGGAGAGAAACCCUACAAGUGUCAAAAAUGUGGCAAAGCCUUUAAGUGGUACUCAAACCUUUCUGCACAUCAAAGAAUUCAUUCUGGAGAGAAGCCCUAUAAAUGUCAACAAUGUGGCAAAGGGUUUAACCAGUACUCAAACCUUUCUACACAUCAAAGAAUUCAUUCUGGAGCGAAAUCCUACAAAUGUCAAUAAUGUGGCAAAGCCUUUAACCCUUAUUCAAACCUUUCUACACGUCAAAAAAUUCAUUCUUUAGAGAAACACUACAAAUGUCUGCAUUGGGGCAAAGCCUUUAACCCUUAUUCAAACCUUUCUACACGUCAAAAAAUUCAUUCUUUAGAGAAACACUACAAAUGUCUGCAUUGGGGCAAAGCCUUUAACAAGUAUUCACACCUUUAUAGACAUCAAAUCGUUCAUUCUGAAAAGAAACCCUGGAAAUGUUAAGAAUGUGGUAAAGCUUUUCACCAGUACUCAUGCCUUUCUCAACAUCAAAUAUUUCAUUCCGGAGAGAAACCUUACAAAUGUCAAGAAUGUCGUAAACCCAUUACCCAGUGCUCAAACCUUUCUGUAUAUCAUGUAAUUCAUUCUUGAGACAAAUCUCACAAAUGCCAAGUAUGUGGCAUAGCCUUUAACCAAUACUCAGGCCUUUCUGAACGUAAAAGAAUUCAUUCUGCAGAGAAACCCUACAAAUGUGAAGAAUGUGACAAAGCCUUUAAUCAGUAUAUGAAACUUUUUGCACAUAAAAGAAUUCAUUCUGAAAAGAAACCUUAUGAACAGUGUGGCAAACCCUUAUUUCAUGUGCAAACCUCACUGUACAUAAAAUAAAUCAUACAUUAGAGAUACCCUUGAAAUAUGAAGAAUUUUGUUGUACCUUUACCCAGUGUUGAUAACUUGCUAAGCAUAAAAGAAUUCACACUGGUGAGAAAUCCCACAACUGUGAACAGUGCAGCAAUUCCUAUAAAUGGAACUCAAACCUUCGUAUACAUAGCAAAAUUCAUAUGGCAGAGACAUCUUACAGAUGUGAAUGAUGUGGCAAAGGUUUGUGCUGGUUUUCAGCAUUUAGUAAACAUCAGAGAAAUUGUCCAGAGAACUAAUAUAACAAUAUGAAGAUGUGGCAAACACUAAUGCCUGUAGUUACAGUUUUCUGUACACAAUAGAAUUCAUGUUGAAGAUAAACACUACAAAGGUGAAGAACUUGACAAAUGUUUAACUUGUGCCCAAACCAUUGUGUAAAUGAAAAAUGUAUAACAGAGAAAUCCCUGAUAAAUGUGAAGAGAGUUUUGAAUCCUAUAAGCAGGAUUCAGUAUAUUUCACAUUUUCAGUACAUAGAAGAAUUCAUAGAGAAAUUGUAUAUAUGUGAAGAAUGUGACAAUGUUUUUAAAUAUUUCUUAUGCUUUUCUAAUAAUUCAUAUAAAAGAAAUACUCUACAAAUGUCAAUCAUGUCUCAGAGCCUUAAAGUUGUGUUUGUCCUGGCAGGUAGGGCUAAGAAAAGACAGGGUCAGAUGAUACUAGGAGAUACUUUGUCCAUCAUAAGAACAAAAAAAUGAGCAGAGGGGGCUUCCACGAAAGACAGGUUGGCAUUUCAAGAAGGCUUCUGAAAAGCGAACUGAUGUUUGCUCUACAAAAAUGACUCUCAGAGGUAGAGAGGCCACAAUGUGGAGAUAUGGCCAAGGCCACAAAAAGGGAUGUUUGGAGCAUGGGUUCAAGUAAUGUGACUGUAAGCUCAAGUGAUCUAUUUUCAUUAACACAGUGCAAUUUACACCAGUUCUAUCACACUGAACAAGUACAAUGAUAACUUCUGGAAAUUGCCUUACAGGGAUAGUAAAUGGAAAGGUGGUCCUUUCUGUAAGUUUCCCCCCUUUCCAAGAAAAAUCAUGAAUAUUUACCCCCACACCACUUAACAUAGAAUUGGAAAAUCUAUGUAAAGGGAAAGCAUCUUACUAAACCCAGAGUCUUCUCCACUUGAAAGAUGUUCUCUGGAGAUUACUGUUCCCUAAUAAAUUUGGAUCUUUUGCAUACAUGUAUCUACUUAUUCUGCUCAUUUGUUUUCCUGUUUUAAUAUUAGUAAUCAUUCUUUGGCACCUGGAACAAAAAAACAGGGAACAUAUACCUGUCACCUGGUCCCCAUAUGGGACAUUGGUGCCAAAAUCUGGGAGGAGAAUGCACAUCUUCAGCAAGAUACAUUAAUAGAACCAUAACCAUUGUUAAUUCACUCUGCCUGCUCAUAUUACUUAUUCUACCUACAGGUCUCACACUGUCUUUGCUUUCCAGGUAAUGUAGCUCCUUAUGUACCCCUGCUUCAUCUCUGUUUUUCUUUGUCUCCGCAAUGCACUUCAUCUCCCAUUUAGGCCUGAUAUUCAAAUGCUUAAAAAGUUGCCUCAGGCUCCACAACCAGAAUGUUCAACCAGAUUCUUAUGGUCUUGAUAACCAGAGUGGGGAGGAAGAGUCAGUGAGAGAAAGCCAGGCCAGCGGCAGGUCCCAAGCGCAGAAGGAAGUUUUGAAAUGGUUGCCACCACUAGAGAAGGUUGUAAGGGACAGAGUUCCUCCAUAGGCUCAGGCAAGAAGAUACCAGGCCUGAGCCCUUCCCUCACUAUGACUGUUACUGGAGUAAGAAAGGGCUCAAGGAGGGGACUCUUCUGGGACCAUGCCCUCACUGGGAGUGACAUAGAGAGAUGCACUGGUAGUGACAUUGCCUUCUGGAGAUGGCGGUUCACACUCUCCUUCCAGAUACUGUGAAAUCCCUGAACCAGCAUUCACCAUACCAUCUAGAACUCUUUCAGUUUGAUGGACAUGCCCCAGCUUCAGUACAAGGUCUACUGAUGUUAAUAACAUUAGAGCCACUCCUCUGCUCUCCCUAGAUAUUCAGGGCCCCUGUUUCCCUCUCCUAUAUCUGUCUUAAGAAUGGAAGGUAAAAUAAAAUUCCCCUGUGUGCUCUAAAGUCCCUCUGCUCACUGGCUGAUGAUGUUUUUGUUUAUCCCUUUUAGUGCUUUCCAACUUCCAUACCCGAUUGUUUGGAUGAAGUCUUAACUUCAGGUUAGAGACCUAAGUUCUUUAAAUCUGCACGGCUCCUUUUUUAGGUCUUUAACGUGAAAUGAGGUGGCUGGGGUAAAAUUUUCUUUCAAAAGAGAAAAAGCAAGAAGGAACCAGUAUGUAGGAGAGAGAUGUGAAGAAAAAAUGAAUAUGAAGAAACCCGGGUGGUGAGGAACAUUAAGAGGAGAGAGAAGAAUUUUGUGUAGGACAAAACCAAAUAUAACAAUAUUUGUCAUAAAGUAAAUCAUGGUUUAAGAAGAAAAAUUUGGGACAAACAUAGGGCUUCAGUAUGUCUAAAGUAGUCCAUGUAAGGCAUAAUAUUUGCAAGGGUAAAUAUAUAAACAUUUUGCCUGUGAACAAGUUGGCCUGA